UAAUUGCUUGCUUGGCAUUUGGCAUUUGUGGAGAACAGGACAAUGGCUGCCAGCAAGAGCAAGAACCAGAGUUCCUUGGCCCUCCACAAAGUGAUCAUGGUUGGCAGUGGAGGUGUAGGCAAAUCUGCACUCACUCUUCAGUUUAUGUACGAUGAGUUUGUGGAAGACUAUGAGCCUACUAAGGCUGACAGCUACAGAAAGAAAGUAGUUCUGGAUGGUGAAGAAGUUCAGAUAGACAUUCUGGACACAGCAGGACAAGAGGAUUAUGCAGCCAUCAGAGAUAACUACUUCCGCAGCGGGGAAGGGUUUCUUCUAGUCUUCUCAAUAACGGAGCAUGAAUCCUUUACAGCAACAGCAGAGUUUCGGUAA